AUGCAACAGGGGACUAUGCAACAGGGAACUACACUAAUCACAGUUACAGGUAUUGCAUGCAUCCUGGGGUCUGCCAUUGUACGUGGUGCACAUCUUACGUGUAUGUGUGUGCGUGUUUGUGUACUUCAUGUCACGCAGGUUGCCACAAUUGCAUUGGUGCCUCUUGCUAUGUACGGAUUCUCAUGUCACAGCGGCUCUUUGGCAGCAUCGCUCUUCUUGCCACGAUACACAACCGGUGUGGGCAUUAUGGCUUCUAUGGCCGACCUGCUUGCCAAGGCUGCCGGCCAGCCGACGGCGCAGGGAGCCAAGCGUCCUCGGUCGGCGGUCCCUGCCGCGGCGCGCAUGGACUUGAAUAGCAUCGUGGAGCGUACCCUCAGGCUUGGUUUGCAAACGGCAGAGAAAUCCGAGGCGACCGCUUGCGCUACCAAUGUUGUGUUUUUGAUCAAAAAGCCUCCCAAGCAGAAGGACUUGAAGGCUCACUUGGACAAAUGGUCGGAUAAUCUUCCAGUUUACGAGCAGGGUAAGGCCCGGGAGCAGCAUCCAUUGGGUGAGAAGCGUGUGUGGCUCUUCGCCGGUGUCGUCACCAAGUUGAAAAAGGACUUGUCGCAGGAGCCGGAGCAUGUACAGCAGGCGGUGGCUACCUUGGAGUCUAUUUCUGUACCACAGCUAGAGCGGUGGGUUGCCAGCAUGAAACCACGGUACGCUGAGCCCAAGGAUGGUAGGUCUUGGGUGCUUGAGCUUGCAGUGGGCAGUCUGUGCAGUGCGGAGUUUCGUAAGGCCUUGGACGAUCUUUGUUCUGUCGACAACGAUGAGUGGAAAAUUGCUCCUCACAGGUGGGGGCAGACUGGAUUGCACAAGGCGGCGUGGGAUGACCUGAAGAUGCUUUCCGCUGCUAAUCGCCAGUGA